AGGCCGCCGGGCGAGCCGCAGCCCACGCGGUGCGAGCCCCACAGAGCGCAGCCGCGGCGCUCCCGCCCUCGGUGUCCGCAGCGAGCGCCGGCGGUCCGACUGACCGCAGGGCGGACGGACGGCGGCCCGGACUCCCGAGGCUUCCCUCCCGGUGGCGGAGUCGGAGCCCCGCCGCUCCUUCGCUGGGGCGUGCGUGGGGCGGAUGGUUGCUGGUGUCACGGAGGAGAGCAGCCACACCUGAAAGCCUCCUUCUGUGCCCAGGAUUAACAGCAUACGCUGCUCUGGGCAGCAUUAGAGGGACAGAAUCCAUCUUCCUAGACUAUGGCAGGUAAGAAAGUGCUCAUCGUCUACGCGCACCAAGAACCCAGGUCUUUCAAUGGAUCCUUGAAGAAGGUGGCUGUGGAUGAGCUGAGCAAGCAGGGCUGCACUGUCACCGUUUCUGAUCUCUAUGCCAUGGACUUUGAGCCAAGGGCCACCAGGAGGGAUAUCACUGGCACUCUCUGUAAUCCUGAGUUCUUCAAUUAUGGGGUGGAAGCAUAUGAAGCCUGCAAGACGAGGUCUCUGACCAGUGACAUAAUUGACGAGCAGAAAAAGGUUCUGGAAGCUGAUCUAGUGAUAUUUCAGUUCCCGCUGUACUGGUUCAGCGUGCCGGCUAUCCUGAAGGGCUGGAUGGACAGGGUGCUGUGCCAGGGGUUUGCCUUCGACAUCCCAGGAUUCUAUGAUUCUGGUUUCCUCAAGAAUAAACUGGCCCUCCUUUCGUUUACCACGGGGGGCACGGCUGAGAUGUACACGAAAAAUGGAGUCAGCGGAGACUUCCGCUACUUCCUGUGGCCCCUCCAGCAUGGUGCGUUGCACUUCUGUGGAUUUAAAGUCCUCGCCCCUCAGAUCAGUUUUGCUCCUGAGCUUGUGUCAGAAGAAGAAAAAGGGGGGAUGGUAGCCUCCUGGGCCCAGAGGCUGAGAAAUAUCUGGAAGGAAGAGCCCAUCCACUGCACACCCUCUUGGUACUUUGGACAGUAGCACUGUGUGCCACAUAUCCAUCCCACGAGCAACACUAGGAGGUGAAGCACGUGGAAACAGAAGAUAGCACUGUAAUAAAAUAUAAGGACAGCAAA